AUGGCAAAUCAGUGUGUACGUACUUACACUGCCACUGGCCUGCGAUUUCCAAGCCUUUAUUGUUCAUCUACCGUAAAGCGAUGCUUGCCGCAUUUGCACCUCAGUCAUUCAAAGCAAGGCGAAAACGAGAGAGAUCCAAAACGGCCGCUCAAGAUACACCCAAAUCUGGUCUCUGACCGGCGAUCGACCACGAAGAGUCUCCGAUCAAUACAAAUCACCGCCGCGCCCUACUCCGUCCUGCGUAUGUGCCAGUAG